GGAUCAUCACAACAGCCGCCGGCUGAACAACCACCAAAGGAACAACCCGGGAUGAAGAGAACGAAAAUGGUUGCAUCGAGAUCUCGUGAAGGAGAAAAAUCAAGGCAGCCGCCGCCUGCUAUUCCAGAAGUUGAGGAGGAAGAUGAGGAAGAAGAUGAUGAGGGAGAGGGUCCACGCGGCUCAUAUUUCAGAUUUCGUGGGUCCACCUAUUCCCUCUGCAAAAUUAUAAACUACUGGAAAGAAGAUGCUGAAUACUAUGCAGCCUGCAAGAAAGAAGUCGAGAAGGCA